AUGACGAGUACCAACACCAGCGACUUGUCAUCUGCUCCUUCAUCAGCAACAUCAGCCGCCCUGACAGCUCCCACAAUCCCACUCUGUUCACGAUGUCAUCAACCCCUCGGCAAUCGCCUUGUACGUGCUCUUGAUGGCACCUUUCAUCCCGAAUGUUUCACGUGCAUGGACUGUAAUGCGCCGGUCGCAGCCAAGUUCUUUCCUUUCAAGUUGGAGAGUGGGCAGACACUUCCUUUGUGUGAACGCGAUUACUUUAAGCGACUAGGGUUGGUGUGCGACCAUUGCCAGGAGGCACUACGAGGACCAUACAUCAUUGCACUCGACAAGAAAUAUCACACCGACCACUUUACAUGCAGCGCAUGUUCGACGGUGUUUGGACCUGAAGACUCGUACUACGAACAUGAUGGCCAAGUCUUUUGCCAUUUCCAUUACUCGACACAGUUUGCAGUCAGUUGUGCUGGUUGUCAAAUGGCCAUUCUGAAACAAUAUGUGGAGAUCGACCGCAAAGACAUCAUUGAACAUUGGCAUCCGGAAUGCUACAUGAUACACAAGUAUUGGAACGUCAGGGUUGCAAGUCCCUCUCUACGAGACAAAGAUAUGGUAGUACCCCGUCAAGAAACCACGCCCAAAAAUCCUGCUGAAUUGGUUGAACGUCAACGCGACAUGGAGGAAAAAGUGUACCGCAUUUGGACAGUGUUAUCGGCAUUUGAAGAAUCAUCCGCGGUCUGCAUAUCGGAGAUGUUACUACACGUGUCAAAUGGUUCCUACGUGGAAGGCAUUUGCCUAUCGGAGCGUUUCCUCGUACACGUUGAAGCCUUGUUUUGUGGCAUCGAUGAACUCGACAAGAUUCACCAUGAAUAUGAGCAAGGAGAAUUCAAGUACACUCGCGAAGCCAAGAUGCUGUGCAAAAAGAUCAUCAACUUUUUCUCCUUGCUUUCUCGUACCCAAGAGAUGCGUAAACUUGGUAUUACCCAAGAGCUCUUGUCCCUUGUGACCGGCUUGGCUCAUUAUCUCAAGAUUCUGAUUCGUAUUGGUUUGACUACCGCAUUGCGUUUGGAGCUGGUAUUGGGUCGACCUGUUGCCGUGUCUCGUUUACUUGCAAAGCUGAUGGAGGUUGCUGGAAAAGAACGACAUAGCCGAGAUAGUCAGCGUUUAAUCAGAGCCAAGCAAUCAUCUGAUCUAUGCCAGGUGUGCAAGGUGACAGUGGAAGAUCAAUGCAUCAAAUAUGGCGAAUUUAGAUGGCACGUGGGAUGCUUUACAUGUCGCCAAUGCAAGACACCUUUAGCAUACGACCUCCGAUCUGCCACUUUCAAUGCUCCAUCUCAAUCCAUCUAUUGUCUCCAAUGUGCUGGUAUCCAACCCACCGAUGUACCAACACCAUUCGAACACGUCACCAAAUUGAUUCAAUUUGCUUAUUUAUUGCGGGUGGCAUUGAGCCGUUUGUGUAACUUUUUGCAAAUCACAGACACUCAACUAUCGUCGGUGGAUUUCAAUAUCAAAACCAAGCCCUAUGUCAAGGAUACCAACAUCCCAACCAAGGAAGUUGCGUCGUCAUCGGCUACCUUGCAGCAACACAAAUAUGAGGCAUUGAUGGAAGAGAAGGCGAACGCUCCAGCUUUCCCUACACACAUCACUGAUGUCAAGAGCGUACCUGCCACCAACCUUAAUCGUAAGGUGUCUCGAUCCUUCAAAACGGCUAGUAGGCGAUCGACGAUUUUAGGCAACACAACACAAAAGCUUGCCAACACCACGAUUCAUGAAAAUGAAGAAGAUACGGCAUCAACGACUAGUAGUCGACCUGUACCCAAACGCCAACACAGCUUGCAACCCCAAUUGGAUCAACACAAGAAUUUGCCUCCUUUGCCACAAGAUGAAGAGGAACAACAACAACAACGAUAUGGCACGGGUAUGCGAUUGGAUAAUUUGCCAGCCGUUGCCAAGUCUGUUACAGAGCGACCGAAUCCACCACCAAGUAUGAUGGGAAUGCAUAUCAAUGUCAGUGCGACGACCGGCAAACCACGUGUGUACUUGUCGGAGUUAUCGGCAUUGCAGGACAUGAUCAUUCGUCACGUGGCUGUUGUGCACAUUGAACCUUACUUGCGCGACCAAUUCUCCCUCAGUGAUCUGCUGAAUUUGAUCGACACAAAAAAGGUCUCCAUUUGGGGAAAGCUAUUCACUUCGAUUAUGCAUGGUGGCAACAAAAAGGUCAACAAGAUCAAGGAAGGCACCUUUGGUGUCCCUCUCGAUAUCCUCACUGAACGCACUGGUGUUGAAUCUAAUUUGGGCGCAUCACCUUCUCCCGUACGACUUGCAGCAUUCAUUGAUGAUGCCGUCACUGCAUUACGUCAAAUGGACAUGUCUGUGGAAGGCAUCUUUCGAAAGAAUGGAAACAUCCGACGACUUAAGGAUGUUAGUGAACAAUUGGAUAAGAAUCCUCAAGAUGUGGACUUGUUUGCCGAGAAUGCCAUUCAAAUUGCUGCGUUGCUCAAGAAAUUCCUGCGUGAACUUCCUGAUCCUUUGAUGACGUAUCGAAUGCACGGAUUGUUUACACAUGCACUGAAAUUGGAUAAUCCGACAGCAUGCAAGCGUGUGUUGCAACUUGGCUAUUGCAUGCUCCCACGUGUCAAUCGCGAUGCACUUGAAGUAUUGUUUUUGUUUUUCCGUUGGGUGGCAUCAUUCUCUCACGUGACAACGGAUGUUGGAAGUCGCAUGGAUAUACCCAAUCUUGCUCGUGUCAUUGCACCCAAUAUCUUGACCACCAACUCCAAAGAUCCUCUCAAAGACGAUUCCUUCACUGCCAUUCGUGUGGUUGAAAUGAUGCUCGAGUCAUUUGAUGAGUUUUGUAUGGUGCCUGAGGACCUGGAGCCAUUCUUACAAGAUCCCAAGCUCAAGGAUGGUACUGAUAUUUCGUCCAAGGACUUUUUGAAAAAGGUUGAACAAAUGAUGCGCACCACUGGUGUAUCCUCCCCCUCCACAGCAUCCUCUAUCAAUGACGUGAAGCAUCUUGAGAUCCAACAACAACAAUUACAACAACCACAACAACAGCAGCAGCAACAACAACCAUACAAUCAACACCAUUCACCUACAUCUAUUUACGCACAACAAGGUUAUCUUCCUUAUCCUAAUCAACAUCCAUCGUCUGAUUUCCGACCCACCCAAUUCACCAUGCGUCAAUCUAGUCUUAAUCAUGCAAGUCAACCAUCACUCAACAAGACCGCCGCAGCUGAUCAUUAA